GCGCGCUGCGCCUCCGUUGCCAUAGAGCCGGGUGCCCCCUCCGUGUUUGCCCACACCCACCCUGCCUGGAGACGGCGCAGGCGCGUGAGGAGCGGUCGAAGGAUGGAGGCGAACGGAGGAUCGGCCCCCUUGGAGUGCCUCUCCUCCCAUGCCGUGCCCAGCCCUGCAGAGGUGGCCCCUGGCGAGGCUCCCGGCGAGGCUGGAGUCCCCUGCCCAGGCCAGGAGGUGGCGGGGCCCGAGGCGGCAGUCCCGGUGGUGCUGAAGACCCCAGCCUAUUUGGUGCAGCUGCCCGCCUGCCACGGCACCCCCGGGCCCACGCUUGGAGAAAUCCCAGCCACCGGACAGGAGGUGGUCCCCAUCCAGGCUCCAGGGCCUCCCCGGGAGCUCCCCAUCCGCGGGAAGUGCCUGAUGGACAACUGGCAGGAGGAGAGAGCCACCAACGCCCUGGACCGGGUGCCGAACCCUGCGUGUGGCACGGAGGGGUAUUUCUACCGGCACGGGCACUGCGGGCUGCUCACCCUCCAGAGUCAAGAUGGCCUCUCCGAGAGAACCACCAUGAAGGACUCCUACCAGAGACCCUGGAGGACCGGGCUCCCCGUGAGAGGAAAGCGGGAGGCCAUGAUGGAGUGGCUUCUGCGGCAGAAAUACAGCAAGGAGCUCCUGGAGGACACGGAGGCGCCCCCGCCGCAGCCCAUGGAGUCUCUCUCCACCACCCACCGGGACUUUCAGCAGGAGGGCUUCGUGUCUGUGCCUCCGGCCCCCAGCAAGCCCCACGACUACCGGCUGGAGCAGCCGCAGAGCUUCUGGCUGGAGCAUGCCCGGCGUGUGCCUGGUGUCUCCAGCAUCCGGACGGGCGACACCCCCUUCAAGAAGUGUGCGACGUUCACGACCCCCAUCACGGAGUACCUCGACCAGCCUUUGCCCUAUGGCCCCGAGAACUACCCCAAGCUUUGACGAAAUAAAAGGCCCCCCCGGCCCUCGGCCUGUC